ACAAAAUCGUCUCACUUUGUUAUUGUUUGUCUCUAGGAUACGCUAGAUUUGUUUAAUAAUCUCAUAAAAGACUCGAUUUUAACUUGUGGAAGUCCAAAGAUCUAUCCAGAUGUUUUUUAGGCAAAGGUCCUUAGCCUGAAGCAGCCUGAAGGAAGGAGAAACCCGGAAAAUCGGCUGAAAUAUGGACAAAUCGCAGUUGGUUUGUCUUCUUGAGAAAUCGCUCACUUGCUCGGUGUUUGAUGUCAAGUGGAUUCCGUGCUCUGCAAAAUUCGUGGUGCUCGGCUGCCUUCCAAGGUCGACCGGGACCAUCAAGAUUUUCGAGCUGAACGGCAGCGAAUUGACCCUAAUCAAAGAAGCUGAGAAACCAAAAGCACUGAAAUGUGGAACAUUCGGAGCUUCCUCUCUUCGGGAGCGCCGACUGGCCACGGGUGACUUUGAUGGAAAUCUGUCAAUCUGGGAUUUAGAGGAUUUUGAGAGGCCAGUCUACACAGUCAAAGCUCACAAGGAGCUGAUCAAUGCAGUGGCAGGAUUCGGAGGUCAAAACAUUGGAUGUGGGGCUCCAGAAAUUGCAACUUGUGGCCGAGACGGCAUUGUGAAAUUAUGGGACCCAAGGCAGAGGGAAGUCCCCGUCGCAGUUAUGAAAGCCAAAGAGGGAGAAACUCCAAGAGACUGCUGGGCGGUGGCUUUUGGCAAUUCUUUCAACAAUGACGAAAGGGUCAUUGCCUCAGGUUACGAUAACGGGGACAUCAAAAUGUUUGAUCUCAGAAAAAUGCAAGUGCAGUGGGAAACCAACUUGGCCAAUGGAGUUUGUGACCUCCACUUUGACCGACCCGAUAUUGAGAUGAAUAAACUGGUUGCCACGACACUGGAAGCCAAAUUUCAUGUGUUUGACCUGCGAACUCAGCACCCCACCAGAGGAUUUGCUUACAUGACUGAAGAGGCUCACAAAUCAACUAUUUGGUGUGUCCGGCAUUUGCCCCAAAACAGAGAGGUGUUUGCCACAACUGGAGGGGCUGGUUCUGUCCACCUUUGGAAAUAUGAGUAUCCAGCCAAAAGGUUUAAGGAAGACUCUGAGGGAGUUAAAGAGGGUGUCCCAGGCUCCGUCACUCUUCUUCACAACGCAACUCUUUCAACCCAGCCUAUUUCUAGUUUCGACUGGAGCCCUGAUAAACUUGGACUGGGAGUUUGUGCCUCAUUCGAUCAGACUGUCCGUGUACUUGUUGCUACAAAACUCAACCUGCUAUAAUGUCAAAUCAACAAAAAAUAUUCACUAUGCUAUUCAUUAUUUAAAAUAAAAAAGAUCCACGUCAUUUCCUAUUGAGUGAA